CUAGCACGGCUAGGUACUGUACCUAGCUUGACAUAGAAGGAUAUCCCCUCAUAGGGUUGUCUAGGAACAAAGUGAUCAGGUUUCAUACACGGAACAGCUGAGUGUAGUAUGAAAUCUUCUCUAGUUUCUUCUGUUCGACACCUUCCAUGUCCAAGUAGAUGACGUGCUGAUUAUUGGGAAAAGCCCCUAUCCUAUCUUUCCUUCACGAUCAUCAUGGCGAUUGCGGCCAUUGGGCAGCUCUGCUCGACUGCCUCAAUGGCACACAAUCUGGAGCAGUGCGUUCGACUGAUAAGUAAAGCGGCCACCGCGGGGGCAAAGGUUCUCUUCCUCCCGGAGGCAUCCGACUACAUUGCCGGCUCCUUCCAAGAGUCACUUUCCCUGGCUAAGCCCGUGUCAGAGUCUCCGUUCGUUCUUGGGUUGCAGUCAGCAGCUAAAGAACACCACCUGGCCGUCAACGUCGGCAUACACGUUCCUGUCCCAGUCCGACCGUCCGGGCCGGCAGCCAACGCCGUUGUCCCCACGGUCCCGCAGGAGGCAACCGGUGCUUCCGGUAUCACCUCCCCGGCCACGCCUACCUGGGAGCUGGGACAAGAGCAAGAGCCAGCCCAGACGAAGCUUUUCAACCGCACCAUCUGGAUCAACCCCGACGGCAGCCUCCUCCCGCACGGGAGCUACGACAAGCUACACCUCUUCGACUACGGCGACCUGCGCGAGUCGGCGCACACGCAGGCCGGGUCGGCCCUGACGCCGCCCUUCGACACGCCCGUCGGCCGCGUCGGCAGCCUGAUCUGCUUCGACCUGCGCUUCCCGGAGCCGUCGCUGCGCCUGGGCCACCCGCCGGCGGCGCUGGCCGCACGGGGGUUCCGCCCCGCCCACGUCAUCGCCUACCCCUCGGCCUUCACCGUCCCCACCGGCCGCGCCCACUGGGAGGUCCUGCUGCGGGCCAGGGCCGUCGAGAGCCAGGCCUGGGUAGUCGCUGCCGCGCAGGUGGGGCCCCAUGAUGGCACGGGGAGGACGAGCUACGGGCACAGCAUGGCGAUCGACCCCUGGGGGCGGGUAGUCUGUCGGCUCGGGGGCGUGGCCGAGGACGGCACGGUGGAGGAGGGGGCUGUUGGGGCCUUGGGUAUGGUGGACAUUGACUUGGACGAGUGGGAGAGGGUGAGACGGCAGAUGCCGUUGGCUAGGAGGACGGACGUCUAUCCUGAAAUAUGAGCAGUCAAUAGAACCAACAUUGCUUGUCAGGCAAGCGAGACGAGGCCGAUGAUCCGUUUGUCCUCGACCCGGGCCGAACAAAAUCUGGCCGCCAUUUCCCCAACUUCCCAGUCUUCUCGGUAUUUACACUUGGUUUAGCUCAGUGGAGUC